GGCAACCAAGGAGAGGAUGACGAAGAAAUCGAGCGAUGGCUUCCUCCAGAGGCACUACUUUUGAAGAGAGCGAAGGAGGAUCAAAUCGCGAAAGGAGAAGAUUAUUUGGAGAAAGCCGAUAAGAAGAUGGACGGCUGGUCUUUUUUUGGCAACAAAUACAAUGAUGCAGCUGAAUUGUUAGAGAAAGCCGCCAACUCCUUCAAGCUCGCUAUGUCAUGGGAUGAAGCGGGGGAUGCAUUUGUCAAAUUGGCUGGAUGCCAUUUGAAGUUGAAUAGAAAACUUGAGGUUGCUAAUGCAUAUGCUGAGGCUGGUCUCAGCUACAAGAAAUAUAAUCGCAAAGGCAUGUCCAUAGAUAUAAUUUGAAGAUGUCUGCAAACAUUUUCUCCUUAUUACAUUUUUCCAGGUUCAGUAAGAUAGUACAAUACUUUGUCGCUAUAUUCUUAGGCAUUGUUCAUCAUCCCUGAUAAGCAGUUCUAUGAGAACUAGUCGAGCUUCCAAAAACCUGCCAUCUCCAAACCUUAUAUGGUGCAAUAAAUGAGUCCUCGUGUUAUACUUCUCAAUUUCUCAUGUUAGUUCACAUUUUGGUCUCUUUUGGAAUGGUUUGGCCGUUGAAAUAGAAUAACUCAAAAUUGAGUUGAUGUGAUUUUGAAUUUUGAAUUACCAAGAAUUAGAUAACACUCUCCCCAUCCCCUUUUAAUCUUCUUAUCUUCUUAUUUCCUUUUUUGUCUAUCCUAAAACAAAUUUCCUCUCUCCUUUCUAAAGAAAUUUCAAUAAACAAUUUCAUUUUCCUAAACUUCGUGCCAUGUCAAUCAUGAAAGAUCAAAUAGGGGCGGAUGGUGUAUUAUG